CUGUUCUCCCCCAGACGACGGCUGAAGCCAGCCCACGGAUAUGAUGUGGCAUGCGCUCAGCGUGUCACCCUCCAUUGCCUUCUCGCUCGUUUCGUGCAGGUGGAGCGUCAUAUCCUGUCACUUGCUUCCCCAAUUUGUCAUUCCUCCGCGUCGUCUAGUGCGACAUGUCCAUCUCUUGUCUUGCGAUCUUGGGAAUUCGGCUUCACGACGCUUCGCUGGCCAGCCCCGAAGCUCGAAUGUGGCAGACACUACCACCGGCGUAUAAGAAGGGGCACGAUAAGCAUCAGGAACCCCAGGCACUUUCUCUUCAUUCGCCCAGUUCUCUUUUCCCCAGUUCGCAUUUUCGACAUGGUCUUUGCUCAGGCUCUCGCUGCUGGCGCUACUCUCCUCGGCCUCUCGGCCCAGGCUUCCGCCUUUGACAUCACCAAGAACUCGAACUUGGCCGUAUACUGGGGCCAGAACUCGUACGGCGCCGCCAACGGCGCGGGCGCGAACAACCAGCAACCCAUUGGGUUCUACUGCCAGGACGACACGAUCGACACGAUCCCGAUCGCGUUCGUCACGCAGUUCUUCGGCACGGGCGGCGCACCGGUCAUGAACCUCGCCAAUACGUGCAACAACGUGGACAACAAGACGAUCACGGGCACGGACAUGCCCGACUGCUCGUCGCUCGCGUCUGACAUCAAGGCGUGCCAGGCGGCCGGCAAGGCUGUUACUAUCUCGCUUGGUGGUGCGACUGGCUCGAUCGGUUUCACGGGUGACGACCAGGCGACCCAGUUCGCGCAGACGGUCUGGGACACGUACCUUGGUGGCAAUGGUACCGUGCGCCCCUUCGGCGAUGCCGUCCUUGACGGUAUUGACCUCGACAUCGAGGGUGGCGCGACUACGGGCUACACUACCUUCGUCACUGCUCUUCGCAAGCUCAUGACGGGCAAGACCUACUACAUCACCGCCGCACCGCAGUGCCCCUUCCCCGACGCCUACCUCGGCACGACGCUCGACGCCGUCGGGUUCGACGCGGUGUACGUGCAGUUCUACAACAAUUACUGCGGCGUGCAGAACUUCAACAACACCAACGGCUGGGACUUUGAUUCGUGGGACAACUGGGCCAAGAACACGUCGCCGAACAAGGACGUGAAGGUGUACAUCGGCGCGCCCGCCGCGCAGUCCGCGGCGUCGCAGGGCUACGUCGACUCGGCGACGCUCGCUGGGAUUCUCCAGUCGACGCAGAAGAACUACACGUCGUUUGGCGGUGCUAUGCUCUGGGAUGCGUCGCAGGCUUAUGCCAACAACCGCUACGACAAGGCCGUCAAGGCCGCUCUGACUGGCGCUGCUGCUCCCGCUGCGCCUUCGUCGUCGAAGCCCAAGCGCGAGCUUAACCGCUUCUUCGGCCGCUGGGAUUAAGCUUCUCCCUCCUGAGCGUCUUCAGCCCUCGAGUCGGCAGGCUCCACGGCUCACCGCUGCAGUCGUAGAAAAACGCCCCCCGUCACGUCCCCCUACUAUACGUACUAUACGUACUACUCGAUCAUGACUCGGAUGACGACGACACGGAUGGAUGACUCCAUGUUCUUCGUUCUGCCACCCUGCGCAGUGUUGUACCAUUUAUUAUCUAUUGGCUAUUUACGGAGCCGCGCGCUGUGUGCGCGGUGACCACCC